GAGUCAAUUUUUUUGACUGCAUACUAAUCAGAGUCAAUAGCAACGGCGAAUUUAGCAGAAGAAUAAACAGGACCUUGUAAUUUUGUCUGAUACCCGUGUGUGCUACGUAUCCACCUUCUUCCCCGCAACUGCAUACACGUUUAUUAUUACCACUUAUACUCUUAACAACUCUUCAUUCAUAACAUAACAAACUCAUCAUCAUCGUUGACACAUAACUAACCACCUUCUCAAUCUCAUCAUGGCAACUGCGACACGUGUGACUCACUGCGAACUCCGGCCACCGAAACAAACCUCCCGAAUUCGCCCCGAAAAAUCCGGUCCGGUUCAAUUAUCCAUCCCUAAACCCAAACCGGCCGAGUCAGAAAGCGCGAACUCAAACAUCGUUCUACAACCACGGUUAUGCACUCUCAGAUCCUACGCUUCCGAUCCAGUCGCCGCCGUUAUCAAAACUCGUAAAGAAGACACUCAAGUUUCCGAUGACGUCUCCUCCUUCUUCGCCACACUUUCUCAAUACAUCGAAAGUUCUAAGAAAAGUCAGGAUUUCGAAAUCAUCUCCGGUCGUCUCGCUAUGAUGGUGUUUGCAGCGACGGUGACGGUGGAGAUAGUGACAGGAAAUUCGGUGUUCAGGAAGAUGGAUAUAACAGGAAUAACGGAGGCUGGUGGAAUUUGUUUGGGAGCGGUUACUUUCGCGGCUUUGUUUGCUUGGUUCUCAAGUGCACGAAACAGAGUGGAUCGAAUCUUCACCGUUAGCUACAACUCCUUCAUUGAUUCUUUAAUUGAUCAAAUCGUCGAUGGUUUGUUCUAUGAUGAGACCGAUUCCAUCGAUGAACUCUGAUUCAUGCACUGAUACAUGAAUCACUAGUUAUAUAUACAUAUUUUGACUAUAUAUAGGAUAGAACAGAAAAAUGUAAUGUUGUUGGUAAUGUAUGAUAAAAAUGAAUAUGAUAGAUAUGAGGAUUUAAUAUUGAACCACGAUUUAAUAUUCUCUUAAACAUAUUCAUAUAUUGUAAGAGUGUGAUUAGAUCCUAUACAAAGAUUUUGAGAUUAUUAUUAAAAUCUUCUAUUGUUCAAUUUCAUUAUUUGAGAUAUUGUUUUAUAAUCUCUAUUUA